AUGGCGGACUUUUAUGUGCGAGCAGCUCGAGCUCUGCAAGAUAUUCUUGCACAUCGUGACUCUAUCAAGGGGGCAACAUCAGAAAGAGCAAAUAUAAAUGAUUCCAAGAGGUUGAUGGCACUGGUUGUGCAUACAUUAGCGUACCGUGACGCCCUUCAGCAUGUACUCUCUGAAGUAGAUAUUUCAAAGAAAGAAUCCAAAUGGUUUGGCCCAAAGUCAUCGAUUAAUCGCAUUGAAGGUUCUCUUUCAGAUCCACCCCUUACCCAAUGUUUAAUGGUCUUACUUGCUCAUGACCUCUUACUUGCUCCGCGAGGGAUCCAGGCAGCCAAAGCUUGGCCGCCACGUGUGAGCAUUGAAAAAUACAAGUCUCAACUACACGCUUCGUUGGUAAAGUUACAGAUUCGUCGAGGAAAACGAAGUGUAGAAGAGCUUCGCAGUGGUGAAGCUGGAAGGAAAGUUGCUGCUCGUAUCCCAAGGUGGUGCCGCAUUAAUACACUUCACAAUGACGAGCAAGCAGUGUUGGGACAACUGAAGGACGCAGGAUUCCAACUUGUUGACCAAUCCUACUUGGAGAAAGAUUUUCAAUUUACCCGAUCUCAGCAUGUUGCCAACGUCCUAGCAUUCCACCCAAAAGCUACAUCAAAGCUAAUGACACUGCCAGUUUUCCGCAACGGUGGCCUUAUAUUACAGGACCUCGCUAGCUGCUUUCCAGCUGCUGUUCUUGACCCAUCCAAAUGGACCUAUGAUCAAGUGGAUGCCCUCGAUGCUACUUCGGCACCAGGGAACAAGACCAGCCAUUUAAGUGCAUUGAUGAAGGGGACGGGAUCACUGACUGCACUCGAAUUAGCGCCGAACAGAUUCCGCACUCUAGUUAAAAUGCUUGGCCGUGCAGGCUGUUUAAAAACUAAUGGUGGAAAUGUGCAGCCAAAGAACGAAGACUUUCUCAAGAUAGAGCCUUCUACGAUCGUUCGAUGCAUACUUCUGGACCCUAGUUGUUCAGGGAGUGGGAUUGUAAAUCGCUUAGACUACUUGAUGAGCCAGGAUGAUGAGCAGGACAAUCUGGAACAGGUCGUCCCAGGGGAUGGACAACCUGAUCCUAACUCUUUGCGACUUUCAAACCUGGCAGCCUUACAGCUACGCAUGAUACGACAUGCUAUGUCUUUUCCCAGUCUGGAGCGCUUUACAUAUUCUACUUGCUCAAUUUAUGAAGAGGAAAAUGAGCAGGUGGUACUUGCCGCCUUGUCGUCUGUGGAGGCGAAAGAGGGUGGAUGGGCCUUAGCACCGCGUGAUGAGGUUCUUCCAUCCUGGUCAGAGCGUGGUCGAUUGGAAGCUUGUAAUGGUAAUCAAGAUGUGGCUGAGAGUCUCGUGCGUUGUACUCCAGGCGGGCUAAAAGAAUGCGACGAAGGUAUCGUUCAUGUUGAGGCCACGAAUGGAUUUUUCGUUUGUUGCUUUGUA